GCCACAAAAAUCUUUAUGCUGGGUUGAAAAAAAAAAAAACUUCAUCUUCAAAGCCGUUCUUCUCUCUCGAUCUCAAAUAUCGAGUCUAUAUUCUUGACGAUGGAUUUGACAUGGUUGAGUGCGUUAAUUGUUGGAGCUGCACUUGGAUUCUGCAUUGGCACUCGUCGUUCCAAACCUGUUGUGGCUGAUGAUGGAGUUAGCAAAAACAACUCCAAGGGUCCACUCGAGAUCGAGAAACUCGCUGAUAUUCUCGAUGAUUUCAAAAUGGUUUUGGUUGUGAGGAAUGAUCUUAAAAUGGGUAAAGGAAAGAUUGCAGCUCAAUGCAGUCAUGCAACAUUAGGUUUAUACAAAAAGUUAGUUCGUCGAGCGCCAAAAGCAUUGGACUGCUGGGAGGAAUGUGCACAGCCAAAAGUGGUUGUGAAAAUCGAGGGCGAGGACGAGAUGCUAGAACUACAAGAAAGAGCUAAAUCCCUUAAACUGCCUACCCAUAUCACCAUCGAUGCUGGAAGAACUCAGAUUGCCCCAAAUUCACGGACAGUUAUGGCUAUUCUUGGACCAGUCCAAGUUGUUGAUGAAGUAACAGGUGGACUAAAGCUUCUGUAGCAGCCUUGAAUUUCUAUGUGACAUCUCUUCAACCCGAUCUUCUCAGAUGGACCAAGCAGAAGAGAGAGACAUGAACUCCACCUUCUCGCUUUCCCUGGGGGAAAACCUGUGAGAAACUUGAAGUUGUUACGUUUACUCAUUCCUGAUGAUGACGAAUAAUCCCAUUUUUAAGCAUUUUUUCCUCAAAUUUUCAUGGAUAUGUAGAAUUUGCUUCUCCGGGAUCAGAUUGAUUGACCAAUGGUGAUUACAAUAUUUGCUGGUUUUGUAUUAGAGGUAGCGAAGCUCGAGCCUUUUUUUACACAUUAAGAAAAUGGCUUGUUCUAAUGCCACUCUAGGAGAUAGUGUUGCUUUAUUUGAAAACUAAACAAAUGUAACAACAAAUCUUGUUUUAUUUGAAGAUAAACUCAUCCUA